AUGAGCCACGCCGCCUUGGCUGUGCGGGAUCUGAUUCUGCCGCCGACGUACCAGGACCAGGAGGGACACUAUGCGUCUGACCUGGCGCUCGUCGUGCUGGCCGCGCCCGCCAACUUGUCGGUGGCCGUGCAGCCCGUCUGCAUAGACUGGGAGCUGCGCCACAUGGACCGGCAACUCGCCCCGGGCAGCAUCGGACAGGCAGCUGGGUGGGGUAUGAACGAGUACGACGAUUUCGCUGACACGCUGCACGUCGUCGACAUGCCAGUCAUCGACGACAGACGCUGCAUCGAGGAACAAGAGCGAGACUUCAGAAAGUACGUGCGUUAUACCACGUUCUGCGCCGGUUACCGUAAUGGCAGUGGCGUCUGCAACGGCGACAGCGGGGGCGGGCUGGUGUUCCAGACGGACGAGGGCGCCUGGUACCUGCAAGGCGUCGUCAGCAUCAGCCCGCGGCGGCGCGGCACCUCGCUCUGCGACCCGCACUUCUACACCAUCUUCACCAAGGUUGGCAUCCAUUUGCGAUGGCUGUACAACGUGAUGAAUACAAUUUAA